CCGCCCGGAGAUCUGAUUUCGGGGACCAUGCCUGGGAGCUGAGUCAAGCCCGCCGCUGGGCUGUGCCGCAGCCCGGGCGCUGAGCAGUCAGCCGUGGUUAAUGAUUGACCACGGACCACCCGCCUCCGGCAGCAAAGACGGUGCUCCCGGAGGGGCGUCGGGGCGGGCGAGCGCCGGGCGGCGGAGGGGAGCGAGGGCUGCGGGCAGGGCGCCAGGGGCCCCCAGGAGGGCGGGCGCGCUGGGGGCUGCGGGGCCUGCUUAGAACCGCCUUCCUGCGCGCUCUCCGCUCUCCCCGCCUCGCUCUGACACACACGCCCCCAAACUCCACCCCCAGGCGCCUCGGGGCCACUGCGAGGCUGGGCUGCUCCAGGAAGUUCCCAUGAAAGCACCUGCAAUAAGUUACCUUUCCCAGGUGAGUGCGGGCGAGCGGCCGCCUCCUGAGCGCGGCCAAGAACGAGGGCUCCGAGGAGAGGAGGGACCUUGAGCCGGUCUCCGACCGACCGACCGACCGACCCGGGUGGCCGGGCCUCCUUCCCGAUGGCUCCCCCCGGCGGCCCCCACAGCGACUGCUCCCACAUCAUUGAUCACAGCCACAUCCCCGAAUUCGAGGUGGCCCUCUGGAUCAAAAUCACCCUCAUCCUGGUGAACCUGCUCAUCUUCGCGCUGGGCAUCCUGGGCAACAGCGUCACCAUCCGCGCCACCCAGGUGCUGCAGAGGAAGGGCUACCUGCAGAAGGAGGUGACGGACCACAUGGUGAGCCUGGCCUGCUCUGACAUCCUGGUCUUCCUCAUCGGCAUGCCCAUGGAGUUCUACAGCAUCAUCUGGAACCCGCUGACCACGCCGGGCUCCGAGCUGUCCUGCAAGCUGCACAACUUCCUGUUCGAGGCCUGCAGCUACGCCACGCUGCUGCACGUGCUCACGCUCAGCUUCGAGCGCUACGUGGCCAUCUGCCACCCCUUCCGCUACAAGGCCGUGUCCGGGCCCUGCCAGGUGAAGCUGCUCAUCGGCUUCGUCUGGGGCGCCUCCGCCCUGGUGGCCCUGCCGCUGCUCUUUGCCAUGGGCGUGGAGUACCCGCUGGUGCCCGUGCACAGCCACCGGGGCCUCUCUUGCAACCGCACGCUCACGCGCCACCACGAGCGGCCCGAGACCUCCAACAUGUCCAUCUGCACCAACCUCUCCGGCCGCUGGACCGUGUUCCAGUCCAGCAUCUUCGGCGCCUUCGUGGUCUACCUGGUGGUCCUGGUCGCCGUGGCCUUCAUGUGCUGGAACAUGAUGCAGGUGCUGAGGCGGAGCAGGCAGAGCACGCUGGCCGCCGAGGGGCAGCAGGCGCGGCUGCGCAAGUCGGAGAGCGAGGAGAGCAGGGCGGCCAGGAGGCAGACCAUCCUCUUCCUGAGGCUGAUCGUUUUGACCUUGGCCAUCUGCUGGAUGCCCAACCAGAUCCGGAGGAUCAUGGCUGCCUCCCGGCCCAAGCACGACUGGACCCGGUCCUACUUCCAGGCGUACAUGACCCUGCUCCCGUUCUCCGACACCUUCUUCUACCUGAGCUCGGUCAUCAACCCGCUGCUGUACAACGUGUCCUCGCGGCAGUUCCGCGCCGUGUUCUGGCAGGUGCUGCGCUGCCGCCUGACCCUGCAGCACGCCAACCAGGAGCGGCGCCUGCGGAGCCUGGCCGCCUCCUCCUCGCCCACCGACAGCGCCCGUUCGCGCCGCCCGCUCCUCCGCCUCGCGUCCCGGCGCGGUUCCUCCGCCAGGACCACGCGCCAGGUUUCCCUAAGCACGUUUCAGAGCCAGGCCGAGGCCAAGCCCGAGGCUGAGGCCCAGCCAUCGAGUCCCGAGUCGCCAGAGCCCCAGUGGCAGACGAAACCAGCCAGUUCUGCAGCCGAGAAUGGUGUUCAGGAGCAUGAAGUGUGAAUGUCAGGUUAGCAAGCCUGGAGCGCUAACCAGCCGGGCGGUGACAGCAGCAUUCCCCGCACACGCACAGCUGUGACAAAACCACCUGCUCCCGCGCCGGGGACAGGAGGGGGAGCCAGGGGCCUCGGGGAGGCAGAUGCCCCUGCAGGUCUCCUAAGGCUGAUUCUGCCGCCUUGACUCUGGUUACAGACGGGGACUGCCAUCCCCUCCCUUCUUCUAAGUACACACUGAGAGUUCAGUCCGACUGAAUUUAUUCAGAGCUUACAAAAAUGUUUUACGCUGAGCUCUUCCGUUAUUUGCAAAGGAACUAAAGGAAAGAGAACGCGGGCUCCCUACCCAGAAUCAAAGCAUGCCCAGAGAGCCAUGGACCGGAGCGGGAGCCAGGAGACGAUGCAGCGGGCGCGCUCUCAUUCAGCAGCGCGCCAGGAAGAGGCCUACUUUGAGGAGCAGGAUGGUGGCGGGCAGCCCUGGCCGGAGGGUGGAGGCCGAGCUGCUCCUCUUCUUGGGCCGUGGCCCGUUGCACAGAGGGGUGUUACAGCAGCUGAUGCACACCGAGUUCAGCUUCCCGGGGGAGCAGAAGGACUGGUACCCGGCCGACGCGAUGAGGCAGGCUGCGGAGGAGGCACACGACUUGCGAUACAUGAUCCCUGCAACAUGCGCAAAGGAGCUGGGUUAAGCUGUGCUGGCAGCGGACAGCGCCAUCCUUCCUCCCCCUCCAGCCCAGAGCCCGGGUGGGGCAGGGGGCGCUUUGGGUUCUUUUGCUGAGCCUCCCCAAUACACCAGGUGCACGGGGAAGAAGGCAGUCCUCAUUGCACCGUUUGGACACGAUUGUUCCAAAAGCGAUCUGAGAUGCACUGCCAGCGAAUAAAGAGCUGUCAAAUCAAAGUCCACCUUUUUAAAAGUCAUAAUUCACACUGUGUACUAGAUACAGAGCCUUUUACCUUGUUGCUGCUCGAACUAUUUCAUGCUAGAGAGGACCACAAGCUGUUUGCCUAGAUCUCACCUCUAUUAUCACUAUCAGCGACACAGAGAGAUGGCACUCCACGAUGUUUUUAUUAAAUCAUGGAAUGUUCUCAAUAAAGACCAAGUCCC